AAUCCCCGCGACCGCGUCAUCAAGUACGCCGCGCUCUUUCUCCUCGUCGCCCAAAUGGUAGGGCUCGUCCUACUCAUGCGCUACUCCCGCACCCAACAUGACGAUACUCAACCGCUCUACUUGGCAUCCACUGCGGUCUUUCUUAUGGAAGUUAUGAAACUCGUUAUUUGUGUCGGUGUCAUUGCCGUCCAGACUAAAUCGGGGGUGCUGCACGAACUCUACACUCACACCAUCGGAUCCCCUUUGGAACUGCUCAAACUGACCGUGCCCUCCUUGCUGUAUACCGUACAGAAUAAUCUACUAUAUCUGGCGCUGACGAACUUGGACGCGGCUACGUACCAAGUGUGCUACCAACUCAAAAUUCUUACCACGGCUCUCUUCAGUGCGCUUCUCUUGCAACGCAAGUUCUCCACCAUGAAGUGGUUGUCGCUGGUUGUUCUUACGAUUGGAGUUGCUAUCGUUCAGCUUUCCGGCAGCGGUGACCAACAUUCGGAACAAGACAGCAAGGCCGCGACUGACGCUGUCGAUGAUACUAAUGGAACCGCGGCGGCCCACACGCGUUGGGUGGGACUCGUGGCCGUACUGUGCGCGGCAUGUACCUCAGGCUUUUCUGGCGUCUACUUUGAAAAAAUCCUUAAAGGAUCCCGGACGUCUCUCUGGAUCCGCAACGUCCAAAUGGGAUUGUCCUCCAUCGUAAUUGCGUACUUGACGGUUUACGUCAAGGAUGCCGAGGCCAUUCGGACGCAAGGUUUCUGGGGCGGCUACAACACUCUCGUGUGGACCGUCGUCACGGUCCAAGCCGUCGGCGGCCUCAUCGUGGCUACCGUCGUCAAGUACGCCGACAACGUACUCAAAGUCUUUGCUACCAGCUUUAGUAUCGUCGUGAGCUGCAUCGUGUCGGCGUUCCUGUUCGACUUUCAUCCGUCCGUAUCCUUUCUCGUCGGCGCGAGCCUGGUGGUCACGGCCACCGUUAUGUACAGCUCACCCGAGACCCGGACACGCAAAACGCGGCGAAGACCCGUUUUACCUAUUCACCAUCGUAAUAAUACUGCAACCACCAAAAGUCGGGUCUAAUCAUUGCUGCUUAAUGAAAAAUUGAAGUUAAGUGGCAUUGCGUGUUAAAUGACAA